AAGCAAAGCAUUAUUAUUUGAUAAAUAAGCCUUUAUACUUAGUUAAAAUAAUAAAAUGAAGAAUAAAUGUUUAAUAACAUUGCUUUAAUAAAUGUAUGUAGAUUGAGGCCAUCUCAUAACUACCUAAAACAAGUACCAUAUUUUCUGCUAAAGUUUGUUUGUCUGCAAGUCCCUAUAUACCAAUGGUUAAAUCAGCUAAUGAAAAUGAACCCCUCCUUAAAAAAUAACCCAAAAGUGCAAAAUUAGAUUAAAAAUCAAUGAUUUAAAUCAAGGUUUCCUGCUUGCAGAUUUAAAUCAUGAUUGAAAUUGGUGAUUUAAAUCACUUUUAUUUAAAUCAAUCCACCCUGCUUUAUGGAUAGAUGAGUUUUUUUGUUAGGAAAACAUAAAAUGCAUAGCAUUUACCCAGGAGACCAGAACAACUCUCUUAGAGCUAUUAUGUUUUUUCAGAUAAAUAUAUGGCCAUUUUUAAAGUGCAUUAUUUACCUGAAAGAAAAAAUAUAUUCCAAUAAAUACAAAAUGGAUUGGUUUUUCCUUGUUUUUCAGUGCAUAAUUUAUACCCUGUAGAGUGGAACAGUUGAGCUAAAUGUUUGUUUAGGCAUUUUUAAAAAACAAAAUCUUGUGUUGUGUAGCCAAUAGACUAGAACAGAUAUAUUAGUUGAAUGCAUAUUCAUAAACAUUUGUGCAAUUCACCGCCCAGUAAAACUGAAAAGCUCUAUUUAUGAUUAUACCCUGUUGUUUUGGUGGAAGCAAAUGACACACUAGUUCUAAGAUUCAGCUGAAGAUCUGGGUCAUUAGCUGCUAAAAAGUGGUUUUUAUUAAAGCAUGAGCCAACCUUUAGUUACAAUGCAGUCAUUACAAGCUUUUCAUCCAUAUCAUCUCUUAUAUAAAUUAACCCUUCAUGUGGCUGAGAAAUCUCAUGAACUUGUUUAUCCAAGUUGCCUAUGGACUCUAUAGAACUUAUAUGAUUUUUUUGGAGGCCACAAUCACCCUCAUAGAAGUCCUGCAUCUUUAGGACUUCCUGUUUCCAUGGCAUCAUGGCUCCUCAAAGACGUAUUUAAGAAUACAAAGUGGAACCCAUCUAAGUUAAUGAUGUUGCAAUUAGUACUAAUUUGGAUGUUGAAUCCCCACAGGAUUGAGAUGGAACAGUACUGCCUAGAUUCGUUGUUCUUUGAGCCCUAUCCAGCCUAUUCUUUCCCUAUUUGGGGGAACUGCAGGCCUGCAGAGUAUCCACUGAAGAAAGUUGAGAAGAAUGAGCAGGGUGAGAGUGAUGCUGGAAGGCUGACACACUCCUUCUGCCAAAUUCCACCUCCAGUUUUUUCCUCCUCUGCUACAACAGAGGCGCUCCAGGCAGCACGACAGCUGCUCUUACAGCAACAGACAAGUGGACUGAAAUCUCCUAAGGGCAGUGAUAAACAGAGACCACUGCAGGUGCCUGUGUCAGUGGCCAUGAUGACUCCCCAGGUGAUCACCCCUCAGCAAAUGCAGCAGAUUCUUCAGCAGCAAGUAUUGUCUCCACAGCAGCUUCAAGCACUUCUUCAACAGCAGCAAGCAGUUAUGUUACAGCAGUCAAAAUGGUUUAUUCAGCAACAACUACAAGAGUUUUACAAGAAACAGCAAGAGCAGUUACAUCUUCAGCUUUUGCAGCAGCAGCAACAGCAGCAGCAGCAACAGCAGCAACAGCAGCAGCAACAGCAGCAGCAACAGCAACAACAGCAACAGCAGCAGCAGCAGCAGCAGCAGCAGCAGCAACAGCAUCCGGGAAAGCAAGCAAAAGAGCAGCAGCAGCAACAGCAGUUGGCAGCCCAGCAGCUUGUCUUCCAGCAGCAGCUCCUCCAGAUGCAACAACUCCAGCAGCAGCAACAUCUGCUGAAUCUUCAGCGUCAGGGACUAAUUUCCAUGCCACCUGGCCAGUCUGCUCUUCCUGUCCAGUCGCUACCACAAGCUGGCUUAAGUCCUGCUGAGAUUCAGCAGCUAUGGAAAGAAGUGACUGGAGUUCACAGUAUGGAAGAUAAUGGCAUUAAACAUGGAGGGCUAGACCUCACUACUAACAAUUCCUCCUCUACUACCUCCUCCACCACUUCCAAAGCAUCACCACCAAUAACCCAUCAUUCCAUAGUGAAUGGACAGUCUUCAGUUCUGAAUGCAAGGCGAGACAGCUCGUCACAUGAGGAGACUGGGGCCUCUCAUACUCUCUAUGGCCAUGGAGUUUGCAAAUGGCCUGGCUGUGAAAGCAUUUGUGAAGAUUUUGGACAGUUUUUAAAGCACCUUAAUAAUGAACAUGCAUUGGAUGACAGAAGCACUGCUCAAUGUCGAGUGCAAAUGCAAGUGGUUCAGCAGCUAGAAAUACAGCUUUCUAAAGAACGCGAACGUCUUCAAGCAAUGAUGACCCACUUGCACAUGCGACCCUCGGAGCCCAAGCCAUCUCCAAAACCUCUAAAUCUGGUGUCUAGUGUUACCAUGUCUAAGAACAUGUUGGAGACUUCCCCACAGAGCUUACCUCAAACUCCCACAACACCAACAGCCCCAGUCACCCCAAUUACCCAGGGACCCUCAGUAAUCACCCCCGCCAGUGUACCCAACGUGGGAGCCAUUCGAAGACGACAUUCAGACAAAUACAACAUCCCCAUGUCAUCAGAAAUUGCCCCAAACUAUGAAUUUUAUAAAAAUGCAGAUGUCAGACCUCCAUUUACUUAUGCAACUCUCAUAAGGCAGGCUAUCAUGGAAUCAAGUGACAGGCAGUUAACACUUAAUGAAAUUUACAGCUGGUUUACACGGACAUUUGCUUACUUCAGGCGUAAUGCAGCAACUUGGAAGAAUGCAGUGCGUCAUAAUCUUAGCCUUCACAAGUGUUUUGUUCGAGUAGAAAAUGUUAAAGGAGCAGUAUGGACAGUGGAUGAAGUAGAGUACCAGAAGCGAAGGUCACAAAAGAUAACAGGAAGCCCAACGUUAGUGAAAAACAUACCCACCAGCUUAGGCUAUGGAGCAGCUCUUAAUGCAAGCUUGCAGGCUGCACUGGCAGAGAGUAGUUUACCAUUGCUUAGUAACCCAGGAUUGAUAAAUAACGCAUCCAGUGGCUUACUUCAGGCAGUCCAUGAAGAUCUCAAUGGUUCGUUGGAUCACAUUGACAGUAAUGGAAAUAGCAGUCCGGGCUGUUCUCCACAGCCUCACAUACAUUCAAUCCAUGUGAAGGAAGAACCAGUGAUCGCGGAGGAUGAAGAUUGUCCAAUGUCGUUGGUGACAACAGCAAAUCACAGUCCAGAACUGGAAGAUGAUAGAGAGAUUGAGGAAGAGCCUUUAUCUGAAGAUCUGGAAUGAAAAGAGACUUGAGAAACCUCAAAAUGAAGGGACAUAUCACUGACCUUCAUAACCACUCCACAACCAUGAAUAUUUGACAAAUUUUUACUGUGACUAUUUAUUAAGCAUGGAUAAAGGAGAACAGCCCUAAAGGAACUUGUUAAGCCAGCCCUUUGGGAUCCAGUAACAACAAGCAAAUUGCUUGUUUCCUCCUCCUUCUUUUUGGGGUUUUUGUUUUUUGUUUUUGUUCUGGUUUUGUUUUGGUUUUUUUAAAGGACAAACAUUUUCUUGGGGAAAAAAAAACUGUUCUUUAUAUAAUGGCUUGCCCAUUUAAAAAAUGUGGCUCUUAAGGGUUCAUGAAAUGACUGAAUAUGAGGAUACAUGUUCUGUAGAAAGCAAAUGGGCCUCAUAUACUGCCAAAAAUAGUGUUAGUUUCAUUAAUGUGAAUUUCCAGCAUACAGUAGUUGUAAUGUUAGGAACAAUUGCUGGUCAAGUUCAACUUGUUGCUAUUGUUUUUAAUUUGCACAGGAGUAGUAUCAGAAAUUAGUGUCACUGCUUGUAUCUAGCUGAAUUUUAAACAACAGAACAUUAGUUUUUUAUGUUGGUGCCACCAACUGUAAAUGACAUAAGUUAGUUAUUACAAACCACAGUAAUUAGACUGUUGCAACCAUCUAAAAACCUUUAGGCUUCCAGUCUGUGCUGUUAGUGUUAAGAUGUAAAAGUGCAAUCCUAAGCUAACAUUGUCUGUGCAAGCACCAUAGAAACAUUUGCAUAUCUGCAUAUAUCUUACAACUGUACUCUUUACCUCCUUGUGAUAAAGCUUUGUCUACCUGCAAACACAGUCAAAGGCUACAGCUGCAAACCAAAGCCAACUCUAACAAUGGCCAAUAGCUCAACGACAGAAGCAGCCACAUGCUUUGGUCAGCCUUCUGUAACUUUAAUUAGUACAAAGGAACCUUUCCAUGAACUACCUGCUGUUUUCUGAUGACCUCUGGGAUCUUUUCAUUUAGCCCUAUACAAAGAAACAAAUAUGAAAAAAAUGUCAAUUCAGUCACAGUGUAAUCUUCUGAGGCCAAAAGUCAAUCUAAAUGCAGUGAAGAUUUGCUUUCAUUUAUGACAGAGGUGAGAACAAAGUCUGCAGUGGAAGUUAUGAUAGAAAGCAACAAAUGUGGAUCACUGACCAAAAUAAUUAUGUACUUGAUGCAAAUGCAGAUUGCAUAUUGUUAUAUAUAAUACAUUAUGUUUUAUUUUUUUCCCAUUCAGUCCGUUUUUUUUCCUGUGGUGAAUACAUGUUGUUAGACAAUGUCUUGUAUGGUCUUAAUCUUUGUUGUGUACUAUUUUUUAUAGUCUUAAGUUAUAAUGAAAAAAAAAGUAGGAACCAAACAUAAAAGGUCUAGUAAAGCCAAAAAUUAAUUUCAUAUUGAUUUAAAGUGAUCUAGCUGAGUUUUUACACUGAAAGCAAAGAUUAUAGCAAUUGUAGUCCAUGGUAUUUAUUUUCAGUCAAACCAAAGUUACAUAUAAUUCUGCCUCUGCUUAUACGGGAUACUAACACUAACAAUACACUCCCUUUGGAAGACUUGCACAGGCCAAAUUGUUGGAAUGCUGGUUUUCUUGACAACUCCAAACCCAAAAAUAUGAUAAUGCGUUAUGGUGUAGUUGAAAAUAGCAUAGUCAGAUGUUUGCUUAAAACCUAGAAACUUUACGUG